AUGACUACUGCCGUGGAAUCCGAAUCCAAAACUAUUUACAAGGCUGAGAAGACUUCAGCGACUCCUAUCUAUGUCAUGAAGAUCAGUCAGAUCCCAUACGGGUUCUUUGAGAUGGAAAUGUUCCAAUAUUUCUCUCAGUUCGGAAGAGUUUUGAGAGUAAGAAUUGCUAGAAGUAAUAAGACAGGAUACUGCAGAGGAUACGGAUAUGUUGGAUUUGAAAACAAAGAUGUUUGUGAAAUCGCUUCUGAAACUAUGGAUGGUUAUCUCAUGUUCGAGAAACGCUUAGCAUGCACUGUUUUGGAUGAAGUUCCACGUGUUAUGUUAAGUGGCCCAGUGAUGAAAAAACCACCACGUAUGAAGGAAAGUGCUAAGCGACACGUUGCUAAGAUAUACAAGAAACGUGCCCCUGAAAGAGAAGUUGAACUAAAGAAAAAGAGAAAGGAUCAGAACGAAAAGAGAGUCAAGAAACUCCAAGCACUUGGAAUUGAUUAUGAUUUGGGAGCUGUCCCUUCGUACACCACUAGUAUCGCGAAGGAAUCUUGUGAUGACGAGUCAUCUCCAGCAGUUAUUGAAACUCCAGUUAAAUCAACUCCAGCCAAGUCACAAACACCAGCUAAAAAUCCUGCUCAAGCCAAACUUCAAGCUAAAGCUAAGCCUCAGACUCCAGUACAAGCUAAGCCGCAGACUCCAGUUCAUGCUAAGCCACAGACUCCAGUACAGGCUAAGCCACAGACUCCAGUACAAGCUAAGCCACAGACUCCAGUACAAGCUAAGCCACAGACUCCAGUAAAUGCUAAGCAACAGACUCCUGCUAAAGCUAAGCAACAAACUCCAGCUCAGGCUAAGCCUCAGACCCCUGUUCAAGCCAAGGUUCAAACUCCAGCCAAAUCUCCCGCUCACGUAGAAACCCCGGCCAAGACUUCAGCUGAAGUUUCCAACAAAACUCCUGCAAAGACGCCAGCUAAGGCUCAGCAGAAAACUCCUUCUAGAACUCCAGCCAGAACUCCAGCCAGAAAUAACGCCAAGACUCCAGCCAAGACUCCAGCCAAGAGCGACAUGUCAACUCCUAAGAUCAAGACACCGGGUAGUGAUGUUCCAAGAAGAAUUACAAGGAGUGCCGCCAGAAAACAGAUGAACAAAUCCCCUGGAACGAAAUCUCCUGGAGCCAAGACAGCCACCCCUGUUUCAAACGUGAAACGCGGAUGCAAGGUCACAUAA